GCCCAUUAUACGUUAUAUUGCUUACUAAAUUCCCUCGCCACUGAUUAAGCGGCAUUGUUGGCUUUACCAAGAUAUUUCGGAGAAAGUCAACUCUCAGCGCUUUACGCUCAUCGCCUGUACCACGCCGUGCUUUGGAUCCCUUACAUAGCAAAUGGCCCGCAUUGCUUGGCUCGGUCUGGGUGGAAUUGGAAAGGCAAUUUGCCUUAAUAUUGUGAAAUAUGGGCAGUAUGAAGAGAGCGUAGUGGUCUGGAACCGUACCCAUCAGACGGCGGUAGACUUUGCGUCUGAAGCGGCUAAGAUAGUGGUGGUUGGGUCUGUCGCGGAAGCUGUGGCAGUUUGCGACAUCAUCUGUCUGUGUCUAGCUGAUGAUGCAGCUGUGAAUCAGGUUGUUGAUGCUGCUAUUGAAACGGCGGAUAUUCCAGGCAAGUUGUUUGUGGAUUUGUCCACGAUUCAUCCAAAUACAGCCACCGAACUGCACAGCAAGUUGAAGCUUCAUGGUGCAGACUACUUAGCAAGUCCUAUUUUUGGAGGUGUCCCUCUAGCUGUACACAGACAGAUAACGUUGGUGCUUGCUGGAUCCUCAGAGGCAAUUGAAAGAUUCCGCCCCUUUACAGACGGCGUGAUAUGCAAAAAUUCUAUCCUUCUCAGAAACCAGCCUUGCCGGCAAGCCAGUAUCUUGAAGCUUAUUGGAAACUACAUUCGACUAUCUGCUAUUCGAAGUCUCUGCGAAGGCCUCGCGCUCUCAGAAGUUCUCGGUUUGGCGCCACAGACACUAGCCAGCUUCACAGAAACUAUGAAUACAAGUCCUACUCCGCAGCAGAUACAAAUGCUCCUUUCGGGCGAGUAUUACAAGGGCACGAAGGUAAGCAAAGAGUUUCUCAAGCAGUACUGGAGUUAAUCGUUGCAUAUAGCCGACUGUUCCAAUGAGCAUGGUAGUCAAGGAGAAUGACUAUUUAUCCGAUCUUAUAAGUCAAGCUGGGGCUCAAGUAGCAACAUUUGAUGAGCUGGUAAAGACAACCAACCGCCUCGUAGAAGCUCGAGGCGCGAAUGCAAGCAUACUUAGCCUGUUCGGAGUGUUGCGCGAAGGGUGUGGACUGCCAUUUGAGAAUCAGGCGAGAGAUGAGUAAAUUAAAAAUUCCAAUUUUCAUGCAUAAACAUCAUUAUAUGUAGGGAUUGGAUAUUACUCUGUGUAGAUGCUUUCGGUGACUGCAGAAGGCACUUGCCUGUCAAUUGUUUACUCUGAGAUAUGUGAUCAAGACACCCAGCCUCCAAUACUAUCGCUAGAAGAACCUGUGCUUAUUGCUAUAGUUAAGAAGAAUUUGCUUAGCCACGACAUUUUGAGGCUUUUCUUCAAGAGACAUCUAAUCUCAGCCGAAGCCAUUACAGACAAUAUUGUUGCAACUGCAG